AUGGUGUGCGCGAGUCAAAACCGUAUACGGCGGCACUUCAAGCCGUUAAGAUGUCCGUGCUCCGAGCUGUGUUGGAAAGGCUGGCACCUCGACCGCGGAGAGGAGGAGAGCGAUGACGAGUAUGACAUUCAUGAAGCGGCGUGGAAGAACGGCAAGGUGAAGAGACAAUGGGCCGAGACAUGCAUCCAGAAGGUUCGGCAGAUAGAUCCCAACACCUUCUUCGGCAAGGGCAAGGUCACAGAGCUGGCGUUGUACCUGGCCGAGAAUCCAUGUAGCUAUGUCUUCAUCAACACGACGCUGACACCGAACCAGACGCGCAAUCUGGAGACAGUAUUUAACAAUGCCGUGGCAGCAGGGGACGCGAACGAGCGGCGUGAGCAGGGCCUGGCAGUCCCAAAAGGGGGCAGCAAGGCCUCUGUAGAGGUCAUUGACCGCAACCGCUUGGUACUGGAGAUCUUCAGCCUACGAGCCCGCACGCCGCAGGCCAAAGUGCAGGUGGGGCUGGCCCGGCUGGAGUAUCUGAAGACUCGGCUUACAUUGGGCACCAAAGCGCGCCUGCGGGAGACAAUCAAGCUGCUACACGAGCAAGUGGGCCCCUUCAAGGAG